UAGUCCGCUCGCAAAAAUUCAAGCAAAACAUUUAAUUUGAAACGUUCAACAAUUAAUGCAGCUGCUGCUCAUCGUAUGUCAAUUAAAUCAAAUAAAACGCACCAAACAGUUUGCUAUUAAGGAAAUUAUUUUCUAAGCAUUAGACAGUUGGUGCAACGUGCGUCAAGUAAGAUGAAACAACGCUCUGCAACAAGUGGCAGCAACAAUAACUCGUUUGCCAACAACAGCAACAUUAACAUCAACAAUAAUAGCAACUUUGGACAGCAGCAGCUGCAUGCAACGGCGGCAGCAGGCCAGCAACAACAGCUGUUAAAAUCAGCGCAGAUUGUUAGCGAAUGGGAUGAUGGCAUUAUCUUUGAUGUAGAUGAUCCAGACUUUUGCCCCGGCCCGCCACCUGCCGUUAUUGACAAGCUGACAACAGCCACGAAUAGCUGUGCUGCAGCGUUACGGAAUUUGAAUUUUAUAGUGCCAACAGCAACAGCAACAGCAACAGCAGCAACUAUGUCGAGUGCCAGCGUACACGCUCCCCAAAUUGCCGACAUUUGCAGUCCACUGGCUCACCACAGCUUGGGUCUGUCUGCCUCGUUGCCGGAUUUGGUUGGCAGCCCGUUGGAGAUCAACAUGGACAAUGUGCUGACAAUUGAGGAGCUGCGCCAGCAUCUGGGCUCCUGCUUUACAUGCGGCGUCUCCUGGACCGAUGAUCAUGUAUCGCUCGAUUGCAGCGAAUGCGGCGGCUACAGCCUGGAGCGUCCCUGUCCCCUGUGCGAUGGCCAGUGCGGUGUCCAAUGGAAACGUGACUUUGCCAUGUCGCAUGCAUGCAGUAAAGCGCGCUGGGUCGGCGUCUGCCUCAGUUUCCCGGAGGCGAUGGCCGCUGCUGUGCAGCAGCUGCCCGUUGCCAGCAAUACGGCCACAACGGCCACAUCCUGUGCCGCUGCCGCUGCCGCAGCGCAUCAGCUGCGUCUGGCGCAGGAACUGUGCUCGCGCCUGGAGCAGCUGUCGACGGCAUCGUCGACGGCGCCAAAUAAAAUGACGCGUCUCUGAAGCGUUCGCGCCGGGCCGGCGUACUCUAGUACAGUGUUCCUUUUCAAAACGUGUUGGCGCCAACUAGACACAAGCACAUGCAUUAUCAGCCACCUGCCACAUGCCACAUGCCACACAUACAUAAACAUGAGCCAACAAAACAAACAUUUAUUAUUUUAUUGCUGCAUUAGAGAGAGUCGCAGAGGAGGAACGAGCGCGUGGACGCCACUGGAGAAUCUCUUUCUCUCUCUCUUUCUCUCUCACACACACUUCAUAUUUAAAUUUAGUGCUUAAUUUACUAAGCUUUUUUUAUUAGUUCUUAGUGUUUUUUUUUUUAUUUUUAUUAUUCUUCUUCUACUGAAAACAGUUUUUGUUGUUGUGCACGCGUUCGAGUUUUUGCGAAUUAAUGUAGCUUGUGUUGAAUUAGCGUUAAGCAGUUAAUUAAUUAUUUGUUUAUACUGUAAUUACGGCCACACACACACACAGAGAAACACAUACAUAUUGAACAAGAAGAAGAGACUACAUUUAGCUUGAACUUAAGUCCAGUUUAAGCGCCGCGCUGCGCAGUGAUAACGGUGAUAUUAGCCAGAGAGAGAGAGAAAACAAAAUCUAAACGCAAAAUGUUCAUUAACAAAUAGUGAAUUUAAUAAUUGUAGCUAAAAAACGCAAAGAAAGUCCAACGAUUUAAAUACCUAAUUGUUAACAUUUUAGUUGUUGUUGUUGCUUUUGCUUAGUGUCAAAACAAAAAACACAUUUGCCAAAUCAAAAUCAAAAUGUUAAAAAAUUUGAUAAACAACUCGUUGGAGAAUUAUUGCAACAAACAGAAAUAUUCAAAAUAAAAACAAAGAAUCUUCCGUAGAACGCCUAAUGCUCAACACAGAAAAGCAACGCACAAAGAAAAACCAAGCUGAAAAGUGAAGAGAAAAAAAAUAUAUGAAAA